GAGUGGAGUAAAUUGUUAGUGACGGCUGGCGAACUGGCGAAGGGAAAAGGUUUCGUGUAGGUGAAUUUUCUCAUCUGUUGUCUACGUCCUGCGACGUGGAGGUUCCGGGAAAAGUCCGGCAAAAUUAAUUAGUCUUGGAUUGGUGUUUCGGGUACAAAGAUUGCAGAUAAGGAGUCGAGUAUAGGAGGCACCAUUCGAAGAACGACAAACACUUAGGUGCAAUGGGUCUGAUCUGCUCCACGGCACAGCUCGCAUGCCUGUGCGGCAGCACAGCCUGCAGUUUCUGCUGCUCCCAGUGUCCAACAUGUCGAAACAGUACGAGCACUCGGAUUAUGUACGCUCUUCUUUUGAUGCUGGGUACGAUCGCUGCUUGUUUCACUCUGCUUCCUAGUCUUCAAGGAGCUCUCCAAAAGGUACCAUUCUGUAAGAACAGCACCAACUAUGUCCCGUCAACGUUUACGGUGGAUUGCCAAUCUGCUGUCGGUUACCUCGCGGUCUAUAGGAUAUGCUUUAUCUUGGCUCUGUUUUUCUUCCUGAUGUCUCUUAUCAUGAUGAAAGUUCGAAGUUCAAAGGAUCCUAGAGCUCCAAUACAAAAUGGUUUCUGGGCAAUAAAAUAUCUUCUUAUAAUUGGCGGAAUGGUUGGAGCCUUCUUUAUUCCAGAAGGCUCUUUCGGUCCCACUUGGAUGUACUUUGGCAUGAUUGGUGGUUUCUUAUUUAUACUUAUUCAGUUAAUUUUGAUAAUUGAUUUUGCUCACUCUUGGGCCAAUGCUUGGGUUGGUCAUUACGAGGAAACCGAAUCUAGAGGCUGGUUUGCAGCUCUAUUAGGAGUAACGUUUUUGAGCUAUGCUGUCUUCAUAAUUGGAAUUGUUUUGCUUUAUAUUGGAUUUACUUUGCCACAUGAUUGUUCUCUAAACAAGUUCUUCAUAUCGUUCAACUUGAUUCUGUGUGUUAUUGCUAGUGCGAUAUCAAUUUCACCAAGUGUACAGGAACGUCAACCUCGCUGCGGUCUUUUACAGUCAUCUAUCGUUUCUCUCUAUGUAGUUUACCUAACAUGGAGCGGUGUUUCAAAUAGUCCAGAUCACGAGUGCAACCCGGGAUUUCUUGGAAUCAUUUCUGGAAACGAUGUAAAGACCCAAAACAGAAUGGCAUUCGAUGGAGAAAGCGUUGUUGGUUUGAUUAUUUGGUUCGGUUGCGUUUUGUACAGCUCUUUACGAACAGCAUCCAAGUCGUCGAAAAUUACAAUGUCUGAGAACGUUCUUGUAAAAGAUAACGGAGCUGUAAGGAAUCCGGGAGACCAGUCCUUGAUUGGCGGUGAAGUGGAAGGACGAAAUGAUGAUGCCGAAGAAGGGCGUGAGACCAAAGUUUGGGAUAACGAAGAAGAUACCGUUGCAUACAACUGGAGCUUCUUCCAUGUCAUGUUCGCUCUUGCUACAUUAUACGUAAUGAUGACAUUGACCAAUUGGUACAAACCGAACUCUUCCCUCGAGACUUUAAAUUCCAAUGCAGCAUCGAUGUGGGUUAAAAUAAUCUCAUCGUGGAUGUGCUUAUCACUGUACGUGUGGACUCUGGUGGCUCCUGUUUUGUUCCCUAAUCGUGACUUUUCCUAAGUCUCCUCGUUGUUCUGGAAAGUGUUACCUUCAAGCUCCAAAGCAGAUAACCCUUUUCCCUCGAAAUUUAUACAUUUCGACAGAAAACGUAAAAGAGUAGGAUUAACCAAAAAACAAGAGCAACCCAAACGUUUCUCUUAGGCUUGUUCAAACAGUCCUGAAUAUAAUAUUUAUCGCCGAUACAUGGAAACCUUGUAGUGUAUUUGUCAACUUAGUUCUAAGUAUCUGAGAUUAAAAAGCAUACGUACGAUUGUUAAUGCAGGUGCCGGCAUGUUAGGAUUUCUCAGAUUCGGUCAAAAUUCUUGUGCUGUACUCUGUAAUUCCGUACACGCUCUUUAUUCACGCCAUAGAUGUGAUUAUAAUUAAAUUGCUGGGUUGGAGCUAAGGUUGUGGCAUUGUAGCGUCUACUUAACCUUGAAACACGGUACAUCCUAAUAAAAAAAAAAUAGGAGUACAAUAUUUUAUUUUCUGCCUGAAAAAAGAAAAACGUUCGCAGAUUGUGGCAACUCAUAAUUAUGGGACUAUUGCGUUUCUGUGAUAUUGAUUUUGUUUUCUUUAAUGGUUCGACUAGACGUAUGUGCAAGUGUCACAUUAUAAGUGUAUUAAAUAUUUCUUCUUCAACCACAGCGUUGAGCAUUGAGCAUUGCAUGAAUUAAAUCCGUUGUUACAUAAAUAUUAAUAUUAAGAUUAUUUUCUCUAUUCGCUUCAUGUUUCUCAAGUUUAAUCAACCCAUAAGUCCCAAGGAAACCUAUAGAUGUUUUGACUUAAAUGUGAGCUGCAUUUAUAAGAACAGUGCACGUGGAAUAUUGUAGUAGCUCGUUUCCAUGCGGUUAUUAUUAAACAUUAACAAGAAAUCGAGUGUACUACAUUAUUACAACAGCUUAUGUACCGCAUUGAAAAUAAUCAUGUAUAUUUUAUGUAAAUUGGAGACGAAAUUUUGGAGUUUGUGUUAUUUCGUCGUCCGAUAGCUACUGGCAACUCGGGGAGAUGUUACUCUCUGUAUUCCCCAUAAUGUAAUAGCUCCUGAUCUAUUAAAUGAAUUCGUAAUGGUAAAAAAAA